GGGAUUUCUAUCUGGGAAUUGUUGGCCUCGUAAAUAGGAUUUGAGCCAUGAGGUUCGGGAGCAACGAACAUAAAUGUGUCACUCAGGAGCUGUCACAGGCUUUUGCACUGGCAAGCCCUCGUAUUUUGCCCUUGAUUUCCUCCUCCCCCACAAGAAACCUGCGCCUAGCAAUACGACAGAGAGAACCCCCAGAGAAACGCCUACACCUACUCCGACUGCAACAAUUUCGUGAUUGUCCCCUGCUGAGCCCCCUGUGGUUGCUGCAGUGACGGUAGCCACGCUGGACUCGUUUCCUAUGGUGACUAUCGUCUCUGCAAGUGAAAAUUCCCCAACCGCUGUGCAACAGCUGUCUGUCAAGCCACA